UUUUAGAUUGAGUAGCCUGCAAGUUAUCUAGUUCCUCAAUACUUUCGAUUGACUGACUAGCAAGGCUCGUUGUUAGUGUGGGUCCGAAUAGUGAAUAGCAUUGCUUCAUGGUUCAACUUCGGUCUCGCUGGAACUGUGCUGUGCAUACAUACGGCUGCAUUUUCGACAGAGUUGCCCUGUAGCUCUCCACGCGCGCAAGUGACAAGGAAGAGAUUUCAGCACUGGAGCUGUCCACGCAAUCUUUUUGACGGACUCGCAUCACUCUUAUCACCUAUGCUAUAGGUUAUUUCGAUCACAUUUGCACUAUAGAUUUGUAAGUGAGGCUAUUUGAGUGAGUGUCACGCAUACAUAAUAUACCAUUCAAUGCAUUGUGGUAAAGAAACACGAGUAAGCUAAACCCGCACAUCGCCUACUUUUCAUUCAAUCGAAGCCUUGAAAUGCUGGGUAGCCGUGCGUGAGGCACAAGAAAAAAGGAAAUCUCAAGUCACGGUGGAGAGUUGUCCGAUUUUUAUCUCAGUCAUGGGAGUGCUCAUGUCUAAGAAGCAUCAGGUGGAGAAGGUGCAGAAAUGCACCUCGGUCGUCUCCGCCUUUCAGGAAGGGGUAAAGGAACGUGCCCCAUCCACAACAAACCAGGAGGAAGGAUCCAAAGAGGAAAGAGAGGGGCCGACUGAAGCCUCGCCACCACCCAACCUGGAGGAGAAGGAGGAGGCAGAGCACAGAGAGGCAGACAGCAAAGCGGGGCCCUCAGGGACCUCCCAGCAGGCUGCAACUUCGGCCCCCACCAGGGACGAGUGUAAGGUCAACCAGGAGGCCUGGAAUAGGUUACGGGACGGGAAGGGGGUGGAGCCUGAGGAUCUGGACAAGACCGGCCAUCAGCUCACCCCAACUGCCUUUGUACGUCCCAAGAGAGAUGCCAACGUUGACCAGCCUAUGGAGAUAGCACUGGGACAGAGAGAGCAGCUGACUAGGGAAAUGCGCAGAUACAUGUUGUGUAAGCCGGUGAACGAUGAGAUGUGUGAGGUGUGUGAGGUGUGGACGGCCGACGACCUGUUUCCCUGCAGGACCUGCACACGGGUCUUCCAUGAUGGCUGUCUGAGUGAAAUGGGCUACCUGCGUCCCGAACUCCUGCAGGAGAUGAGGGAGACAGCUCACACCGCGACAGGCUGGAGCUGUUACUACUGCGACAACGUGAACCUGCUCCUGACUGAAGAGGAGAUGUACAGUCUGAUGGAAACCUUCAAGCAGUGCAAGAUCAUCCCUGAGUCGUGCCUGGUGUCAGAUGAGCUGCUGCAGUACCGCCACUUUGUGUCCAAGCAACUGUUUGAGAAGGACCUCUCUGAUGAACAGGAGGAGGAGGUGUUGGCCCAAUUCGCUGCCCUGGACCCGGAGAAGAGGGGCCAGAUCGAGUGGUCUGACUUCCUCUACCACGAGUCCCUGGAAGUGCUCAUGAAGUUCCGCACAGAGAACUCCUUGGUGCGGUUGUUGAGUGCUAAGGAGCGGGACCAUGUGCGGUCAGUGUUCAUGGGUUUGGACCUGGAUAAAGACAGUGUGGUCACAGGAGCAGAGACCCGCUGGGCCCAGCAGUCCUGGUUUCAGAAGCUCAGCAAGGAGUCCCAGUCCUGCAAUGUGAGUAUUAGCCAUGUUGGCCCAAUAUCUGACAGCAGCCCAGCCAGCUCCAGCAGUGAGAGAAGCACUCAGAAAGAUGACAGACCAGUGAGCUGGGAUGACUUCCUGAGGGAGAGUGCCAUCUACAUCCUCGCUGCCCGGCCCAACAGCUCGGCAAUGCAUAUCCGUCUGCCCCUAUAGCCCCAGCGACCUCACCUUGCCUGGGCCGGGCCCCACCAUAGAAAGAAGGCCACCCCUGGAAGUCCCUGUGUAGGACAGGUGGAGAGCCGGUACCAUUGCACUGUAGGGGAAUACUGUACCACUCAGAGACUGGACAGAAUAAGCCAUCAACAGAUCUCCUGCUUCACACCAUAGAUCAAUGACCAACUGACAGCAACAAUCAACGACCAACUAACACCAACAGUCAACGACCCACUGACAACAACAAUCAAUGACCUACAAGUACUUACUGAGGGUAAAAUGAUAAACAACCUGACAACACAAGCUGACAAUCCACUGGUUAUAGAUACUCCUGAAACACAGGAUAAAAAACAACAGCCCAUUUUCAACACAAGCCAACAAUUCACUGAUGCUUUGAAGACUCGGGGUAUCCUGGUAGGCACACAUUCCCCUAAACGAUAACUACUAUAUACAGUCAAUUUGUCAUGCUACAGUCUUACAAACCUCUGUAUGAUCAAUUCAAUUGGAUUAGAAUGACAAUGAUAGGCUGUCUUAUGCUAUCGCAUAUCCUGCUAUUGGGUAAAGCAUCAUAUUUGGAUCAGCUUCUGUAUGGUAACACUGUUUUGUAUCACUUGGCAUCAUACUUGUUGAUCAUAAAAUAGUAUCUGUCAUUUAGAGAGAUUUUGAAGCCCUUUCAAAUCUUGGUUAAUGAGUGUAUAGGACUGACCGUGCAACUGCUCCAGAUCAGCACAUGUACCAAACAGGAAUAACAGCUAUCCGCAUACAUAAUAUUAUAUAUUAAGACAUGCCAUACAUACAAGUAUAAUGACAUAUUAUUAUGCAUUAAAAAGCUGUAUUUAUUCCUG